AUGGUGCGCCUGGGUGUUGCAGAAGACCAACCCUUAGCAGUUCAGCAAUGGCAAGGUCUUAUCGCCAUCAACUAUCCUGCCCGAAAAUUUGGUCUGAAUAGGCAUGUCACUAUUACGGAAGCAAAGAAACAGUGUCCCAAUAUUAUCUGCCAGCACGUUGCGACGUGGAAGGAAGGGGAUGCGAAAUGGGAUUACCAUGAUGAUGCGUUUCAAAAUAUUGCAACCCAUAAGGUCUCUCUCGAUCCCUAUCGCCUUGAAUCUCGGAGAAUUUUGGCAUGUAUCAAAGAGACUCUCCCCGCAGAUCUGCAGAAGGUUGAAAAGGCUAGUGUGGAUGAGGUUUUCAUGGACUUAUCCGCACAGGUCCACUCUAUUUUACUAGAACGUUACCCUGAGAUUUCUGGACCAGCUCCUUAUGAUGACCCCACAGAAUAUUUGCCGCUACCUCCAUCGACGGCUUUGGACUGGCAGGCUGACGCUCUCAUUGACCUAGAUGUAGAAGAGACAGAAGACGAUGAUCCGGAUUGGGAUGAUGUUGCAAUACUCAUAGGAUCUGAAAUUGUUCGAAACGUUAGAGCGGCAGUCAGAGAAAAGCUCAAAUACACAUGUUCGGGAGGUGUUGCACAGAAUAAGAUGCUUGCAAAGCUAGGCUCUGCUCAUAAGAAACCCAACCAGCAAACCAUAGUCAGGAACCGAGCAGUUCAGCAAUUCCUAUCAGAUCUCAAAUUCACAAAGAUCCGUGGUCUUGGUGGGAAAUUGGGGGAGCAAAUAACUUCCAGUUUCAAUACUGAUAAUGUCAAAGAUCUAUUACCAAUACCUAUUGAACAGCUCAAACAGAAGCUCGGCGAUGAUACAGGAACCUGGGUAUAUCAAAUUAUCAGGGGUAAUGACGCUAGCGAAGUAAACUCUCGUACUCAAAUCAAGUCCAUGUUGUCUGCGAAGUCCUUCCGGCCAACCAUCAAUACACCAGAACAAGCCACCCGAUGGCUUCGUAUUUUUGUGUCAGACAUAUAUUCGCGCCUGGUGGAAGAAGGAGUUCUAGAGAACAAACGGCGGCCCAAAACAAUGAACUUACACCAUCGUCAAGGUGGGCAGACUAAGUCCAGGCAAGCCCCUAUUCCUUCUGGGAAAAAGAUUGAUGAAGCAGGGUUGUUUGAGAUAGCAACAAAUCUCCUCGGACAGAUCAUACUCGAAGGGAAAGUAUGGCCUUGUGCAAACCUUAGUCUAGCCGUGGCUGGAUUUGAGGAUGGCAUUGCCGGUAAUAUGGGUAUUGGCGCUUUUCUCAUAAAAGGAGACGAAGCUAAAGUGCUCAAUUCACAUACCCGAGACGUUUCUGUUGUGGAAUCGACACCACACAGAGCGGAAAAAAGGCGCCGACUGGUUCCAACAUCAGGAAUUGGUCGGUUCUUCAAGACCGAGAGUACAGAGGAGCAUGAUGAUGAAUUUGGUGCCCAAGCUUCUCUCGAUAUGAGUUCCUCAGCAUCACCUGGACAUCAGACCUUAGAUGUAAGAUAUGCCGAUACCACAUCGCGGCCAUCUCUAGUACAGGAAGCAAGUACCGUCGGUAAACACCUCCCUAAGCUUGGUACAGCUUCGGUUUUGAAACAGAAAGAUAUCACUGGCUACACAUGCGAUCGUUGCAUGGCGGCGCUUGGGAGUGCUGCCGCUCUGCAAAGCCAUCAAGAUUGGCAUUUCGCUAAAGAUCUUGAGGAAGAGGACAGACCACGGACAACCGCCAAACCCUUUACUACUACUCAGAACAAGAAAGUCUCAGGAGCUUCCGGAAAGAAAAAGGCUCUAGGCAGUAGCAAAACGGAAAAAGGUCAAAGCAAGCUUACCUUUGGCUGA